GUCGGCCCGUUGGGACUGUGGGGUAUGCACUAGGCACAAGGCACCAGACAGGCUAUCUCGGAAAUAAUCUGGCCCACGCGUUAAUCCCCUUUAUCCCCGCCAAGCCGUCACCAUGCUCAGAGUUCAUUUCGGUAACAAAUCAAACGGUAGUGAGAAGUAUUCCGUUUCGGCUACGGCAGUAGGACUAGUAGGAAUAUGAGAGUUUGGAAAUAUAAUUAUCAGUGUUUAAACGCUCUGCUUUUGCUCCAUUUAACCAGGUAGCCCACAGGUAGGCUUAGUGAGUCUGACAGUUUCUUGAUUAUUAUUAUUAUCACUGGACACACUGGACGAGCCUCUGUCCCAGUCACCGCAUCUGAAUCAGAGAGACUUCAAGCUGGCAUCACCCGAGUCAACUUUGGGAAUUUAGCGUCACCAGUAGAACUGGCAUCUGCAAUUUUGGCAUGGAAAACGCUGGAUUUGGGAUACUCCUGAUAACACUUUGCGCUUUUCAAGGAACGCAUGGCCAGUCUGUGGAUAUGGACGUGGAUAGGUCCGGCUACGUGGGCUCCAAGGUGGACCUGCGAUGCCGGUUCCUGAACAGCGUCCCCCCCGUCAAAAUCUCCCAGGUCACAUGGCAGAAAGUGGUCAACGGCAGCAAGCAGAACGUGGCCAUCGCCAACCCGUCGCUGGGUGUGUCCGUUGCGCCGGCCUACCGGGACCGCGUGGCGUUCAAGAGCGCGGCGGUGCGGCGGCGCGCCCCCGUGCUGGAGGACACCACGCUGACCUUCUCGUCGCUGCGGCUCGCCGAUGACGCGGCCUACAUCUGCGAGUACACCACCUUCCCCGCUGGGAACCGGGAGGGCACCGUCAACCUCACCGUGUACGCGCGGCCCACCACCAAGAUGAGCCUCUCCACCCCCACCCUGGUGGCCCGGGCCAACAACGUUAGGACGCCGGUGGCCACCUGUACCUCAGCCAAUGGGAAGCCACCAGGCAUCAUCAGAUGGGAGACGAGAGUUCCGGGCGAGGCGACGAGCACAGAGUUCCGGAACUCUGAUGGAACGUUCACGGUGCAGAGUGAGUACGCGAUGGUGCCCAGCAAGGACACGCACCAGGAGGUCCUGACCUGCGUCACCACCUACAACGACGAGGUGUUCACCGACAGCGUCACGCUCGACAUACAAUAUGAGCCGGACGUGUCUGUGGAGGGCUUUGAUGGUAACUGGUACCUGAACAGGGAGAAUGUGCAGCUAAGCUGCCAGGCCAACGCAAACCCCAGAGUCUCGCUGUACCAGUGGAAACGGGUGAACGGCACUAUCCCCAGCAAUGUGGAGAUCCAGGACAACACCCUGACCUUCAGCGGCCCGCUGACCUACGACCUUGAAGGGACGUAUGCGUGUGAGGCCACCAACGGUAUCGGCACGCGGGCCGCCUCAGUGGAGGUGGUCAUCAUCGAGAAGCCAUUGCCCCAGGUAGCAACAGGUGAUGUCAUCAGUGUGAUCGCCCUGCUAUUGGCUGCCGGGGUGCUCAUGGGCAUCACCGUCACAGUCCUAGUGCUGAAAAUAAGAAGUAGGAAAGCUGGCACCUCGAGUCAAUCUCCCGCCAGCAAACCGUCCCAACCGGUGAGGAAAAGACCAGCCGACGACAUUCAGCACGCAGGGAGGUUCUACGAGGAGCUCCCCAACACAGCGGACUACGUCAGCUACCGCCUCGCCUGCAACAAGGAGGACUACCCGGAGCCCUACUCCCCUCCCUUCCAUCCCCCGCUCUCCUUCCUCCCCCAGCACCCGUACCAGCCUGCAGAACCCAACCACGCCCCCGCCCUGCCACCCGCCACCGCCGCCUCCACAGCCAAACGCGUGGCCAUGAGCCCGGUCACCUCCAAAAACACCUUCUCUCCCCCAACUCACACCACCGCCAUCUUUAAAUACCCGUCCCUGCCGGGCAUGACGUCCCCACCUCCGGGCGUGGCCCCGUACACGUUCCCCAAAGAACAGUACGUCUGA